UUGAAAAAACCAAAAGAAACUACUUGCUUCUCUGCAUAGCUGCUUCUUCUGCAAACUUCUCUCCUUCUUCGCUUUGUUCAUCGUCUCAUAGUUCUGUGCUCUUCAAAUGACACUACAAUGGCGGAUAGUGAUCUUUUUGACUAUUUCACUCGAGAGGUUGUCCUUAUCAGUGUUGCCGUCUGGCAUUUUGAUUCCCCCGCACAAUAUAUGUGCCCUUUUUGUCGUCGGAGAUUCUGUUUGGAAAGGUUGGUGCGUGAACAUUUUUUCCAGGUCUGUCAUAUUCAAUUCUUCUGGCACUACAUCCUCUUUUUAUCAAAUAUCUAGCAUGAAAGUGUUGCAGUACUGGUGGGAUUACAAAUUUCAUGAAGAAAGAGAACAUGGUAAUCUGAAACCCUCACUUUGCUUAAUCAGCUUCAACAUCACUGUGAAGCUUCUCCCCAAUCUUUUUAUUUCAUCUUCCCCAUCCUGGAACAAUCCGAAACCCUUUCUUGGGUGUUUGUUGUUUGUUAGUUCAUGAUGGUUGUUCUUACCGUCUAUGGGAUCACUCGCAGUCUUCUUGAUUCUUUCCUAUCACGGUGGAGUUUAAAAAUUCUUUCUGUGUACAUAUUGUCUUACAUAAUAACAAUGUUGUACCUCUACUCAAAAACAUUGGUUGGAGCAUGUAAAUGAGAUUUUUGACUACGAUUUACGCUUG